GAUAAUAAAUCAGAUUAAGACCUUCCCAUUUCUCUUUCUUUUCCUCUUUCUUAUCAUCCUGUCUGUCUUUAUUUACUCACAUUCAAGUUUGUGUAAGCUUAGGUUGCUUAAUAGAAAGGCCUUAGGUAACCUCCUCCUCCUCCUGAUGAUAAUGUUAUUGUUGAUGAUAAUGAUGAUGAUGAUGAUGAUGAAGAUAAUGGAGUAAACCUGAGUUACUCUGUGCAAACUUUUCUUUCUCUUUCUCUCUCUUUCUUUUCAUCAUCAUUCAUCUUCACUUCAUCUUCAAGUUUACCUUUUAAAAGUUACCUUUAAGUUUACCUUUUUUUUUCAUUUCUAUUUUUUUUUCCUCGUAAAUUGUUUAUCUUUCAAUUAUAUUGAUCAUUUUUGUUUUAAUUGUUGAUAAACAACCACGACAAUUUAACCUUAACCUGGAAUAGUAAUUAAUUGUCACACCAUAAAUGAUUAUCAUCAUCAUCAUUUAAUUGUUGAUUCAAUUACUGUCUAAAUUUAAGUUUAAAUACUUUGUUUGUCUUCAUCAUCAUCAUCAUCAUACCAACAAUAUAAUUGAAUUUAAAAGUUAAUCAUGAUCAUGAUUUACCAACGACAAUUAAUUUGAUUGAAAUAUGUGCAGCCUUUUGUGACAAUUAACUUAAUCAUCAAUCGUUUAUUUAUCAAUUAAACAUUGAACAACAACCAAUUGAGGAUUUUUUUGUUGUUGUUAUUAUUUCAUCUUAAUUGUUAACAAUCAAGAAAUGAUUUUAUAACAAUACAUUUGAUAGUGUGAUCGUGUUGAAUUAAUCAAUAGUCAAUAAUUUAAUUGUGCUAAUUGUGAUCAGUUUAUCUUAAUUAAUCAUGGAUUUAAGUACCAAUAAUAGAUCACCAAGUUCACCUUCAAAAAAUACUAAGAUUAACUCAGAUGAUAAGAUUAAAUUUAAUAUCGAUGGAUUAAUAUCAAAUAAUCACAAUGAAAAUAAUGUUAAUCAUAAAAUUAGUAAAAACAACAAUCAAAGUAAUAAAAGUAAUAAACGAUCAUCAGAAUCUCCGGUCAACCAGAAUUCAUUGAAUAACAGUAAUCAUGUUAAUCAUGAAUCAACUAAUCACAAUCAUAACAACAAUAAUUCACAGUUAAUGACAACGACGACAACUUCAUCAUCUUCAUCAUCAUCAACAACAAAUCCACCAUCACCACCAACAACAACAAUUACAACAGCAUCGAUUACAAAUCAACCUCCACCGGUGGGUAUUGUGGGUGGCGGUGGUGGUGCUAAUCACACUAAUGGUGCUAAUCUUGGUAAUGGAGGAUUAUCCAUGGUGCCAAUGAAUCAUCAACUUAAUCCAUCAACAUUUAAUAAUCCAUUGAAUCCAUUCAUUAACAACAGUUAUCAAGCAUCAACUGUAACUAAAUUAUUAGGUCGCUACUACGAAAAUACUGCCGCUGGUGGUUUGUUUCGAGCUCCAACUCAUUCCUCAGUUAUCGGCGGAUCGAAGCCUAAAGUGGCCACUCCCGAAGUGGUCGCUAAAAUCGAGCAAUACAAAAGGGAGAAUCCAACGAUUUUCGCCUGGGAAAUCAGAGAGAGACUUUUAUGUGAAGGUGUUUGUAGUCCAGGAGCCGCUCCAUCAGUGUCAUCAAUUAAUCGUAUCCUUCGUAAUCGAGCCUCUCAACGAGCUUUAGCCGAGUUCACUCGUAAUUAUCAAUUAGCAGCGGCAUCAGUUGCCCACUACCCGAUGACCCCACCUCAUCCAGUUCCUCCUUAUCCAGCGGGAGUUAAUGCCUCAAACCCAAGCACAAUUUACGCUCUUGCAGCGGCGGCCAGCGCCAUGUUAGGGUCGCAACCUUCACCUCAAAUGGGUCCACCUUUUUGGCAGCCGAUGGGUUUACCCAAUUCAAAUAUGAUGCAUCCAUCAAUCCAAAUGAGGGAUGGAGAUGGUGAUCCUGGUAAAGAUCAAGAUAUCAAAGAUUCUGAUGAUAAGGAAGAUAAAUGUGGAAGUGGAAUGAACAGUGAAAGUUCAUCACCAAAUCUCAGUUCAAUGACGAAUCCAAGUCAACCUAGUCUCGGCUUUGAGCACUUAACAUUCAGUUCCGCUUCAGAUUCUGCAGCCAAAUUCCGUCGGAAUCGAACAACAUUUUCACAAGAUCAAUUGGAGGUAUUGGAACAAGAAUUUGAGAAAACCCAUUACCCAUGUGUAUCUACACGUGAACGACUCGCCCAACGAACAAACCUCUCAGAAGCUCGAGUUCAGGUUUGGUUUAGUAAUCGAAGGGCAAAAUGGCGUCGACAUCAACGAAUGUCCAAUUCUGGUAAUUCGAGGUAUUCAUCUUAUAAUGAAUCGCGAGAUUCAGGAUCACCAGGUAUGGAUAUGAUGUCCGGUGAUGGGUCAAGAGAUUCAUUUGCCACAAAUGUAUCAUCAGAACCACCCCACUCUGAUGGAAGUGUCAACUCAACCCACCAUCACCCGAACAAUAAAACCACCGCCAGUAAUAAUAAUCACAACAAUCACCAUCAUAAUCAUCGUCAUCGUCGCUCAUCAUCAUCUCAUGAUGAGGAUAUUGAUGAAGAUGAAGACGAUGAAGAUAUUGAUAAUCAUCAUGCACACAAUCAUCACCACCAACAACCACCACAAUCUCAACAACAACAACAACAACAACAACAAUCUCCACCUUCACCAUCAGUUAAUGAACUUUUAUCAGGAAACCGAAUCAACAACCGAACCAGUUCAUCCUCAUCCUCACGAUCACCAUCCCCACAAUCAACACCACCAAAGGUUUCAAUAGCAUCCACUAGUCUCAUCAUCGGCAGCGUUGAUUCAGCUUUUAAAAAGGUCAACUCAAAAUGACCACAACAAAACAAUUGAUCCAAAUUUAGGUUAAUCAAUAUUUAUCCUUCUCAUCAAAAUCAAUCAAUCAACAAACACACACACACAUAAACCAACUAAUUGUUAUCGAAAUGAUUAAACAAUUAAUCAACCCUUUAUUCAUACGGAUUAAUCAUUAAUCUUGACAAUUAACUUGUCAAGUGAUUAUCUUUAAAUUUACUUAACUUAAUCAGCCAACAAACUAGGAAAUCACAAUUAACUAAAUCUCAUCCCAAUGAUUACGAUUCCAAUUCCAAUUACUUUGUAUCUCAUAUUUUAUCCCACAAUUUAGUUUAAAAUGUUAAUCUCACCCACACACAACAAUCAAUUCAAUGGAAACUUUUACAAAUUAUCAUUGAGAACAAUUAAUUUAAUUAUAAUAAUUUAAAUUGUAACAAAAAAUCAUUAACCUGUAAUUUCACAUCAUUUCACCUUAACCUCCAUUUUGUUUGAUCACAAUUUCUUAAUCACAAUCCAACAACAACAUUAACCAAAACUAUUUUAAUCAGCUUGCGAUAUAAACACUCCCAACAAUUAAAACUAAUUGUUCACCUCAAAUUGGAAACAAUUAACUCUCUCUCCCUCUUAAUCAGUGUCAUCAUGAACAAUUUAAAUUGAUACCAAUUAAUAAAAAAAAACAAUGACA